GUACUGGAAAGCAUACCAUUUGCAGUAUAUCAUGUUAGUCACAUUCAAAUACAACAGGGACAAAUACAACCAGUUGCUAGAGCAGUCUGUGUCUAACACUUCACCGUAUGUGAAGGAAGAGACACCAUCGGUGCUGGGUAGUACACCCCCAGUUUCCACACCCACGAAAUUUGUUACGCUCCAUUAUAAUCUGGGAUACAUGACAUCCCCGAUAAAGUCACAAAGAAGAAGUCGAAAUAGAACACCAACACCACCGAGUCUUACACCUAAUACCACACUCCCGUUUCAGAAAUCAUUCAGCGUUAUUGAUUCCAGCCCGAUUAAGAUAUCCAAGGAGGACACGGCCGACAUGCAGGAGCAAUGUUCAUAUCAAGAUGCCAUAGAAAGCAUGGCGACUUAUAACGAGCAGUAUAUAUUGAAUCCCAGGAAUAACGACGAUAUACCUUCGGUUAUUGCACACAAUCAACAAGUUGAAAAGGCGUGGUUUAACAAUAUCAGAAGUCUAGCAGAUAGGUUACAUCUAUUACGAGAGACGUACAGGACAGUUCAGAUGUUGAAGAAGUCAAAGGUUAAUAGGAACGGUUUAGUUGACGAGUCAGCGUAUUCCAAGCUGACUACUCCUAGAAUUGAAGAUAGUCCUAGUGUUAGUGUACCUCCAACAACUCCUAGUUCAAGGUUGGUACCGGAAACAACAUCUGGGGUUGAUGAAGAUGAAUAUGAAGAGAUCGAUGGGUUUGAAGAGGACGAAGAUAGCAGUAACACCGAUACAGUUACCCCCAAGCGUAGUGAGCAACUCGUGUAAUAAUAGUAGUUUCAGUGUAUAGAAAAAUAGACAACCAAUUCACUCCUG